AUGGAGUUUGACCUCGACGCCGUCGAGGAGGAGGACAGCCCCUUCCCCGAGGUGCGCGCCUCGGUGUCCAACAUCGACGAUCCUGAGAUGCCCGCGAUGACCAUGCGCAUGUGGGUCAUUGGGCUCGCCCUCUGCAUGACAGCCAGCGCGAUGAACGUCUUCUUCAACUUCCGCUCCCCCGCGCCGUCCAUCUGGCCGAUCGUCCUCCUCCUCGUCUCGCACCCCAUCGGCAAGCUCUUCGCCUUCUCGCUCCCGAUCACCGUCUACCGCCUCCCGCGCUCCCUCGGCGGCGGCGAGUUCUCCUUCAACCCGGGCCCGUGGAACAUCAAGGAGCACGUGCUCGUCUUCAUCAUGGCCAACGUCGCCGUCGGCGCGCCCUACGCCCUCAACGCCGUCGUCGUCGCCGAGGUCUUCUACGGCAUCCACCUCGGCUUUUGGUUCACCGUCGUCCUCGUGCUCGCCACCCAGCUGACCGGGUUCGGCCUCGCGGGGCUCUGCCGCCGCUUCCUCGUCUGGCCCGCGAGCAUGGUCUGGCCGCAGAACCUCGUCAUCUGCACGCUGCUCAACACGCUGCACGCGGAGGACGACGAGGGCGCGGGCGGCGUGACGCGCUACCGGUACUUCAUGUAUGUCUUCGGCGGCGCCUUUUUCUUCUUUUUCCUCCCGAAUUUCCUGUUCCAGGCCCUCGCGGUGUUCUCGUGGGUGUGCUGGCUCGCGCCGCGCAACGUGCCGCUGAAUCAGGUGUUCGGGAUCGAGAGCGGGAUGGGGCUCAGCAUCUUGACGUUCGACUGGACGAGGAUAUCGUGGAUCGGGAGUCCGCUGAUGAUUCCGUGGUGGGCCGAGGUGCAUAUCUUUGUGGGGUUCGUGUUGUUUUACUGGAUCCUCACGCCCGCGCUGUACUACACCAACUCCUGGAGCCUCGCGCACUUCCCGAUGUUCGCGACCGAGCCGUACGACCGCUUCGGCAACGUCUACAACGUCACCCGCGUCCUCCAGCUCGACGACACCUUCAACGCGACCGCGUACGACGAGUACUCGCCGCUGUACCUCCCCGCGGCGUACGCGAUGACGUACCUGCUCGCGUUCGCGCUGUCGACGUGCGUGAUCGUGCACACGCUGCUGUACCACGGGCGGACGCUGCUGCACGGCCUGAAGCGGAUGCGGAUCGAGAAGGACGACAUCCACGCGAAGCUGAUGCGGAAUUAUAGGGAGGUGCCGGAUUGGUGGUAUGGGGCUGCGUUUGUGUUUUUUUUUGGGAUGGCGAUCGUUGCGCAGGAGGUGUGGAAGACGGGCGUGCCGGUGUGGGCGCUGCUGUUGGCGGUGGCGCUGCCGAUUACUUAUGUGCUGCCGUCGGGGUUCAUCUAUGCCAUGACUGGCCAGGGGAUCACGCUCAAUCUGCUCGCGCAGAUCAUCCCAGGGACCAUCUUGCCUGGGAACCCGCUCGCGAACAUGGUGUUCAAGGGCUAUUCGGUGCAGACGCUGACGGAGUCGACGUCGUUCGUGCAAGACCUCAAGCUCGGGCAUUACAUUAAGGUCCCGCCGCGCGCGACCUUCGUCGUGCAACUGGUGGCCACGAUCCUGGCGGCGUUUUUGCAGGUGGGCGUGAAGGUGUGGAUGUUCGACAACGUGCCGGAUAUGUGCUCGCCGGACCAGGAGAGCCAGCUCGUGUGUCCGCACAACCAGGUGUACUUCACCGCCUCGGUCAUCUGGGGCCUGAUCGGGCCGAGCAGGCAGUUCGGCGAGCACUCGAUCUACUAUCCGCAGCUGUACGCGAUCAUCGCGGGCGCGAUCCUGCCGAUCCCGUUCUGGCUGUGGCAGCGGCGGUACCCGGACUCGUGGACGAAGUUCAUCAGCACGCCGAUCAUCCUGAACGGGGUGGCGUACAUCCCGCCCGCGACGGGGAUCAACUACUCGUCGUGGUUCGCGGUCGGGUUCGUGUUUCAGUUCUUGAUUCGGAAGAGGAACUUUGCGUGGUGGUGCAAGUUUAAUUAUAUUACGAGCGCGGCGCUCGAUGGCGGCACCGUGGUGUCCUUGAUCGUGAUCUUCUUCACGCUGCAGUUCCCGAAGGGCGGGUUCUUCAUCGACUGGUGGGGGAACAACGUGUUCCGAAACACGGCCGACUGGGAUAAUCUGCCGUUGCGGCCUGUGCCCGUUGGACAGUGA